AUGGACGUGUGCAUGGUCAUGGGCAUGGCAUGCAUGGUCAUGGGUAUGGCAUGCAUGGGCAUGACAUGCAUGGGCAUGAGCAUGGGCAUGGACAUGGGCAUGGGCAUGGGCAUGGGCAUGGGCAUGGGCAUGGACGUGGGCGGGGGCGUUGCCGACUGCCGACUGCCGACUGCCGCGGCAGCGGCUGGCGAAGUGAAUCGCUUUUUAGAAGAGAUGGGCAUCGACAUGGGCAUGGGCAUGGGCAUGGGCAUGGGCAUGGGCAUGGGCAUGGGCAUGGGCAUGGGCAUGGGCAUGGGCAUGAGCAUGGGCAUGGGCAUGGGCAUGGGCAUGGGCAUGGGCAUGGGCAUGGGCAUGGGCAUGGGCAUGGGCAUGGGCAUGGGCAUGGGCAUGGGCAUGGGCAUGGGCAUGAGCAUGAGCAUGAAAAUUAUGUUAGUGCCGACUGCCGCGGCAGCGGCUGGCGAAGUGAAUCGCUUUUUAGAAGAGAUGGGCAUCGACAUGGGCAUGGGCAUGGGCAUGACAUGCAUGGGCAUGGGCAUGGGCAUGGGCAUGGGCAUGGGCAAGUGCAUGGGCAUGGGCAUGUGCAUGGGCAUGGACGUGGGCGUGGGCGUGUGA